AUGCACACUUUAUAUACGGGUCGCUCGAGGAGCUCGUAAGUUACAUUUAAUGUUGUUAAGUCGUCAACUUGAGCCGUCACUCAUGUUGACAAAUUGCCGUAAUUUUCAUCAUGUUAAAUUAUUGUGUCAUUUUGAACAUCAAAUUCAGCUUUUUUUCGGAAAAUUUUGCUAACAAGGGAAGUCUUCCAAGUGCGACGCUCCGAUUUUCUUUAAAUUUUGCACACACGUCGGGUAUGGACUAAAUAUCAAUUCCUGAAAGUUUUAGCUCGCGCUUUGCGGGCGCCGCCGAGAUAUCGAACGAUUUUUGCCGCCGAGAGAGCACGCUAAACGUGGAGAGCGGUCAGAGAGAAAAGCGCUUUUUGGCCAUAACUUUGGCAGUUUCGUGCGGAAAAUUUUGAUUUUUUGUAUAAACAUUACUCUCUAUGGUAGAAAUAGAGCUGAAACUUUUCGUGCCGAAAUUCGGCAAAAAGUCCUAAAUUUAAGCCGACUUUCUAUCUAAAAAUCUCGGUUGUUUCUGAAAAGUGCGAGCUACGAUUUUCGCAUAUAUCUUAGAAAAAAUUAUUUUAAAUCUGUGCCAAGUUUCAUCGAAAUCUGAGCGUCGCACUUGGAGUACUUCCCCUCGUAAAAAUAAAAAAAAUUUGCGAAAAAUUUGUGUAUCAGAAUUUUCAAUUUAUCCAAUAUGCCGAAAAAAAAUAAAAAAUGACUUCAUUUUGAACAAUUUAUGGCAAACUAACAACCCUAGUUACAUUUGAACAUAAGAUAUCGGCUUUCAUUUUACAUAUAAACUACAUAUACCAUACUUUAGAGACAGAUGUUGUAAUCUAAUGCAGAAGAUUUUCCUGUUCUUCCUCAUCACAUUUACGCUCGGCGGUAUCCUAUAUCUCAUCAUUAAAAACAUUUACAACUUCUUUGCCGGCUACAAGUUAAAAUGUCGUGGUUGCUAUCUGAUUCGGAUCAUACCCGCCCCACGACCCGAUGGCUUUGUCGAAGAGGAAGGGAGAUGGACAAGAAUAUCGAGAAAGAUCCGAAAUUUUGGAGCGAAGAUGAGAAAAGCUCCUAAAUUUGUCAUGGCUCAAGUUUUGAAUGUCAUCAGCUGGCCAAAACUGGCCUUGACGUAUUACAGAAGUCUGGUCUACAACAAGAAGGAACCAGCCGUGUUUCUUUGA